AAACAAUGAAGCUCUUAUUUUUCGUGGUAUUUCUAGGUAUUUUAUGUGAGUAUGGCACUCAUGGAUUUACCGAUGUGGAACUUGAAGAAAUAAAUAAUAUAUGUUCUGAGGAAAUAAACAAACAUCGUGGACAAAAAGGAGAUAGGGGGUUAGACGGAAUUAUAGGUGCUCCAGGCACUCGAGCACCACCUGGACCACCAGGCAUGCCAGGAAGAUAUAUACCUGGUCCUCCGGGUAUGCCAGGUUAUCCAGGAAUUAAAGGUGAACCUGGUAUGCCAGGUUUAGUAGGAGCGAAAGGUGUUAAAGGUGAACCUGCAGCUUGUCCGUAUAUUUAACCUAGAGAAAACAAUUAGUUUGUUUAACAAUUUACCUAUAUGUUGUUACAUUUUACAUCUAAC